UGGCCAGCCGAAAUAUAGUACACCUUCAAAAAAUCAUCCUACGUACGCGUCGGGUUUUGCUUUUGCAUUCUUCAAGGAUUAAACGCCGAAAAGUCCGCGAUCGGAAUUUAAUUUUGGGUGUGCAAAUGCUGCCAUUUAUGAAGACUUUGAGAAUAAAAUAGAAGUAUGAAUUGAUUUUUAACUCGCACGUAGCUGUUUAAAAGAGGUGAUAAAGAAAGUAAACGGAAAAUUUCAUCUCAUGUGCAGCUUUUCUCAGUCUCCUUGAAUGACCUCCAGCACAGCUUCAACACGUGCUCAGGAGAGCGAGACUACCAAUCAGCAGGAAGCCGGCAUCUGACCGGGUAAAGACUAUGGGCUGGUAACAAAGUUACAUACAGAAGAGAAACUCACUAAGUCUUGGCUUUUGCGGUCCCAAAUUCUAGCAUGGAAAAGAAAAGGCAAUUUACUUGGGAAGAACUUAGUCUUCUGAACAAGGAAGACAAUGCUCACGUGGCGGUUCGAGGAAAGGUGUACGAUGUUAGUAAAUUCCUCAACCGUCAUCCAGGUGGUAAAGAUAUGCUGCUGAUGGGUGCAGGGAGAGACGUGACGAUUGUGUUCGAGACGUACCACGCUUUUAGUGAUUCAGUACAAAAGGUCUUGGAAAAGUAUUAUGUUGGAGAGCUGAUCUCAGAUGAGUUACCUACAUUUCCGGAACGUGGAGACGUCAUUGUGAGUAACAGUUGUAAUACAGAAAGAACAGUAAAAUUUGUUCUACAUAAUGCACUAAAAGAGGUAAAAGUUUGUACAUGCACAUUUUGUUUGUACAAGGCCAAUAACCAGAAAAAUUGCAGACUAUAAAA